AUGGAAGGAAAAUUGAACAAAUACAAUCAGACUUCGCAGAAAUUGGGCAACUCGUUGCUCAGUACAUCCGACACACUGCGAGGGAAAGCAACGAGAAUCAGGGAACGUUAUGUUUUUCUGUUUGAUGCAGUGAUCGUAUUGUGCAAACCCCUUCCGCAGAAGCGGUCUUCUGGACAAGAAUACCGUUUAAAAGAGCAGUUUCCUCUUCGGAAAAUUGAAGUCAUCGAUAGGGACGAUACCGAUGAUUUAAGCAACGCUUUCGAAAUUCGACAGAAAGACAAUACGGUAAGCGUCGUGCUGGUGGCGCAGUUAGCUGACGAUAAGACAACAUGGAUGGCCACGUUAGUGAUGCUUCAAACGCGCAGUAUGCUGGAACGAAUGCUGGACUCCUGUUUGGAAGCAGAUCAAAAACGAAUUCCUUUGUUGAUACCAUCCCCAGAUCUCUAUCGGUUCGCGAAGCCAGACAGCGACGAAAAUAUCGUUCUGGAAGAUUAUACGUCUAGCAGCGGAAUUCCGGUCGUUCGUGGUGCGACAUUGAUGAAGUUGGUCGAACGUUGCACCUAUCACAUGUACGUAGAUCUUAAAUUCGUGCGCACUUUUCUGACCACAUUCCGCCUCUUUUGUACUCCGCGGGAGCUACUUAAUUUGCUGAUCGACAGGUUCAAUAUUCCAGAGCCGGUUUUCGAUGGUACAUCGGUUGUGGGCUACUCACCACUAGGUUCUGGUUACAGUACGGACGACGGUGGUACAGCAUUUUUGUGGCCACCCUCCACGAAUCUUGAGCCCGGUGGUCCGACGAUGGAUUCGGAUUCUUUUUUUCGGGAAUGUAUGAAGCGACUGCGCAAAGAAUAUAUACAACCGGUGCAGAUACGUGUGUUGAACGUCAUUCGACAAUGGAUUGACCACCACUGGUAUGACUUUCAGCAAGAUCCAGAUCUUCUUCUGGACCUUAAGCUUUUCCUCAAACACGUUGAAGAAGUGAACAAAGUAGUAAAGUGGGCAAAAUCCCUUCAGAAUAUCAUCGAGCGAAAGAUCGAAACAAAAGAGGAGCUGAAAGAAUUUCAGUUUCCUUCUGAUCCGCCACUACUCGAGUGGCACUUGACUCAGUCACCAGAAGAAUUUGAUCUCAUGACGCUUCAUCCCGUGGAAAUUGCUCGACAGAUUACCCUUAUAGAAUUUGAUCUAUAUCGUGCGGUAAAACCCAUCGAGCUGGUCGGAGCUGCGUGGACUAAGAAGGACAAGGAUAAACGCAGCCCUCAGCUAAUGAAACUCAUCCAACAUUCGACCAAGGUAUAUAACAUCGGCGAACGAGUGGCCGUCAUGAACCGAAUCGUCGAGAUUAUGUGUGUUUUCGAGGAACUGAACAAUUUCACAGGUUUAUUUGAAAUUUAUGGAGUGCUAGAGUCGUCACCAGUUCAUCGACUCUACUACACGUGGGAAAGACUCGAUCAAAAGCUGCUGAAAGCCUUCGAUGAAGUGAAACAGAUUUUGUCAGAUGCGCAUCACAAGUUGAUUCGUGAGCGACUCCGUUCCAUCAAUCCUCCUUGUGUUCCUUUCUUUGGCAUGUAUCUGACUAACAUCAUAUUUUUGGAAGAGGGCAAUCCGAUAUUUUUGAAGAUGCCACUGUCACACCAGACGAGCGAGACAGAUGCGUCCGAUACAGAAACGGCUACUCUCAUAAGCUUCUCGAAAUGUCGUAAAAUUGCGGACAUCAUUGGAGAGAUUCAGAUGUACCAAAACCAACCUUACUGUCUUGUUGUGGAGCCUUCUAUCAGAGUAAGUUUUGAACGCUACCUGCUACUGUUUAAAUCUGGCCAUUUUGUUUCGCAUUUUUCUGCUCCUGAUAUCGAGAUUCACAAGUUAAAUCUCAUCUGCUGCAUCGCGUAG